CGGGCGGAGGCGGCCGGUGGGCAGGAAAGCGCCAUGGCGGCCGUGGCCCAGUGCAUGCGGGGUGCACUGCGCCCGCGCCUCCCGCUACUGAGCGUCACUCUGAGAACAUCUCCACGACUGCUUUGUGCAGCAACACAGCAGAAAAAUACUGGCCAGAACUUGGAAGAGGACCAGAGUCAGAGCCAAAAUGAGCAGAAGGUGGAACCCAACUCUGCUGAAAAAUUGCUAGCUGAAGAAAAGGCCAAACUGGAAGAACAACUAAAAGACGUUACUGACAAGUACAAGCGUGCCUUGGCAGAUGCAGAAAACGUGAGGCAAAGAAGCCAGAAACUGGUGGAAGAGGCAAAGUUAUAUGGAAUCCAGAGCUUCUGUAAGGACUUACUAGAAGUUGCAGACAUUUUGGAGAAAGCAACAGAAAGCGUUCCAAAAGAAGAAAUUAAGGACGACAAUCCUCACUUGAAGAGCUUAUAUGAAGGUCUUGUCAUGACAGAAAUGCAGAUUCAGAAAGUGUUUAAAAAGCAUGGCCUGAUCAGACUGGACCCUGUGGGAGCCAAGUUCGAUCCGUACGAGCACGAGGCGCUGUUCCAUGCUCCCGUGGAGGGGCAGGAGCCCGGCACCGUGGCGCUGGUGUCCAAGAUCGGCUAUAAGCUGCACGGGCGCACGCUGCGGCCCGCCCUGGUGGGGGUUGUGAAAGACGCUUAGCUGCUCAAGAUGAGAGUUUCAAAUGCCAUACAACUAUUAAACAGCUGGAUGGUUUUUCUCUCACACCAUGCUUCCCUCGUUCCUCUGCUCCCUGUGAGGUUUAAAUGAGUUGGUUGAGGUCUCCCAGUGAAAAUGAAGUAACUGAUGAAAUUCUCCUGCUUAGUGGCCUUCAAUAUCACCGUUCCAUAAGAUCUUCUGUGUGAAAUUACAAGAGCCAUUAAGCCCUCUGAUGCUCUAGAUUAGAUAAUGUUUUUUACAACUAUUGCUGCUGAGAAGGUGAAUUAAAUUGGAAAGAACGAAACUCUCACAAGAAUGUUGCAAUUUCAGGUUUAUCACUGUGUGUAGAUUGAAAAUGCAGAUAGUGGUUCAAACACUUCCUUUGGUUUUGUAGAAUCUCACACUGCAGAAGUGGGUGACUAGUACAAAUAACCUGCUUUCUGCAAGCACCCAUCAGCAUUUUCACACUGAUGUGAUAAAUGCCCUGUUUUGUCUAUUCAAAAAUAAUCUCAGCAACUGAAACUGAAACCUGUGUGAAUUCUGAACUGUAAAUAAAUGGCGGUAGAGAUAUCUUUUGUAAUUUUUCAACCUUUUUGUCCUGUUCUAACAUGGAAUCAAGAAAACCAUCUAAUAUUUGUAUGGCAUUGAAGAACCAAUAGAAUUUAUCCUAUCUCUGGAUUUUUAAUUUAAUGUUGUAUAAAUUGGUUUAAACAAUUUUUACAGUCUUGUAACUUUCAGCUUUGCAGUUUGUUAUGCAAACUGUAGUUACAAUCCUGCUGAGAGCCAGAACACCCAAAGAAGUGAGUUGCUGAGAGUUGGGGAUGUGAUUUCUUUUAGACUUGCAUAAAUAAUUUCAUGUAAGUGGCUCAAACAAAAAUGUGAACUUAGUUUCAUUUUCA